ACCACCUUCCAUCAGGACCGGGGUCUCUGCUGGUGAUAAAAAGCUUUCAGUGGUGGAAGAAUUCACAAUGAAUCGAACAUGAACAGGUUAUCCGGAUCGGCUCUACUUUUCUACUCUACGUGUCAAACCGAAGAAUUCUGCAAACACUCACUACUUCAGCACAGACGAGGAGCUUGUCUAUGAGAGUUUCUAUGCAGACUUUGGGCCCCUCAACCUGGCCAUGCUCUACAGGUACUGCUGCAAACUCAACAAAAAGCUUAAGUCCUUCACCACGUCUAGAAAGAAAGUAGUCCACUACACCAGUUACGACCAGAAGAAGAGAGCCAAUGCUGCUGUUCUCAUUGGUGCCUACGCUGUUAUCUAUUUAAAAAGGAGUCCAGAAGACGCAUAUAGGACACUAAUCUCAGGAAACAACACUGUCUACCUGCCGUUCAGGGAUGCAGCGGUAGGAGAGUGCUCCUUCAAUCUCACGGUCCUGGACUGCCUACAAGGAAUACGCAAGGCAUUACAGCACGGCUUCCUCGACUUUGAACACUUCAGUGCUGAGGAAUAUGAGCAUUAUGAGAGAGUUGAAAACGGAGACAUAAACUGGAUCGUCCCAGGAAAAGUUCUGGCAUUUAGCAGCCCUCACCCCCGCAGCAAAAUGGAAAAUGGUUUUCCUCUACAUGCACCUGAGGCGUACUUUGAAUACUUCCACCAAAACGACGUGACAGCUGUGGUCCGUCUGAACCGGAAGUUGUAUGAGAGCAGGCAGUUUGAGGAUGCAGGAUUUGAACAUCAUGAUCUCUUCUUCCUGGAUGGGUCCACGCCCUCCGACCUCAUCGUCAGGCGCUUCCUGCAUGUGUGUGAAAGUACAGAGGGGGCUGUCGCUGUGCAUUGUAAAGCUGGCCUGGGCCGGACAGGUACCCUUAUUGCCUGCUAUCUGAUGAAGCACUUCCGGUUCACUGCAGCCGAGGCAAUCGCUUGGAUCAGAAUCUGCAGACCCGGAUCCAUCAUUGGCCCCCAGCAGAACUUCUUAGAGGAGAAGCAGCACAGCUUGUGGGUGCAGGGAGAUGUGCAUCGCUCCAAACAGAAACUGGCUGAGCAGAGGCUGAGCCGACGGCAGCAUCUUCACAACUUUGAGUCCACGGAGCGAGACAAGCAGCAAGCCAUGUCCCAUCUGCUGUCCAGCAUGGACGACCUGUCAAUCAACACCACCCUCUGCAAAUCAUACAGCUUGGAUGAGAGUAAUUAUAAGGAAACCGGUCUCACACAGGGAGACAAACUGAGAGCACUGAAGGGAAAACGGACCCAGAGAUCAGUUUCUUCCUCUUCAAGGUUAAACUUGUCCAAGACCUCACAGUGCUCCAUCUUACCACCCCCAAAGUCACCUAAAGUUCCCCUCACCCUGUCUCCAUCUUCUUCUAGAAAGCACAUGCGAAGCUCCUCCUCUGCCAUACAAAUCAAGAGGUGGGUGUCCAUGGCCUCAGUCAGUAAAUCUAACAACAAAAGUACUUUCUCUUACCUUGUUCUCUUCUGUAUAUCUCUCCUCAGUCCCUUCAACCUCGGACUGUUCAGCACAAGGCAUGCAUUAAUUCACUGACUCCGUCCUCUGGACGAAGUCGACUCAUCUGAAGAUAAACUGGUUCAACUGGACUUAAAACGUUUUGUCGUCAAACAUUCUUUCAAAUGUUAGAUAAAACUGCUUUAAUGUACAGCCACAGAAACAAAGUCUUCUGAAGAGUCAUCUCAAGGUUGAUGAAACACUUUAAAGGUUAAAACAAAAAAGUCUGAAAAGACGAAUCCUGUAAACCACCUCGUUGUCUCCAGUCCAUGAAAAGCAGAUGCUGUGUAAUUCUGGACUCUUAAAGGAAGUCUAAAACUCUAGAAACGUCCUGGUCAAACAGCCGUUUCCUUUAGCACUAACUCUCCUAAAUUAUUAAGUAGGAUCAACUCAAAACAGCUGAGCUUGUUGGUGCUCCUGAGGAGGGACAGGCCGUGGACCUUCCAGGUGUUGAGUGCCUGAUGCUUGUUAGUUUUAAUAAAAGUAGUGCCCAUGUUCAUCAGAAGUGCCAGCCACAUGUGGACCAGCUUUAGAUCUGAAUCACAGAGACUUGCAAGGGUGCAGCCAGUCCAAUGAUGAGAUUUUAAGCCGGGGACGAGAUGGCAGAGGUUCAAUUUUCUGCUGAAUAAUGACAUUCACAUGGAUGUCAGCCUGAUCCGUGUCACAUGUCCAGACCUGUUCAGACUGUAUGCACCAUUCCGGAUGGGAGAGGGGCCUUUAGCUGGAAAAUGUUCCCAAUCACUGCACAACCUGUUCAGGAGCAAUUUGACAUGUUUUACUGCAUUUACAAGAACAAUAAUGUUUUAAUAAUUCAUUAUUUUAGGAGAUAUUCAUCUAUAGAAAAUGAAAUAGUAAAGCCUACACCUCAUAUCACUAUUUUGAUGAAUGCUGCUGGAACAUCGUAAAAAUACCAAACAACACAAAAAUGCUUCAGCUGUCAGUAUUUCAGGCAACAGACAAACCAAACUUCGGUUUAAAGUGAUAGUUUGCAUCAUAAGACGCUCUGGAUGAAGAAAAUGCUGCAAAAUCAAAUGGGAGGCUUUACUUUAUGCUUUUAAAUAAAUGAACAAGUUAAAAUAAAUAAGGGGACUGUCAGUCUCUUUUUGGAAUUUUACCCUUAUUAUGUAUCUCCAGUUUCCAAAAAAGUUGGGAUGCUGCUCACUGUAUAAAAGUGAAGGGUUUACAGGUCACCAAUGUUUAAUCACAUUAGAACACAGAAAACAUCAUUUGUUCAAGAAUGAUUUCAUUCAAAUAUCAGCUCAUCUUAAAAUUCAACACAUCUCAAAGAAGGAGCAGUAUG